AUGUUUGAUUCUAGUUCCUCUUACGUUGAUUUUCAAUCCUCACAAACCAAGAACAAUACUCACAAGUUCACAUAUUUAACACCAUUCAAAAAACCAAGAGUGGAAACUUCAAGCCAAAUAGAAACAACAAAGUUACAGCAGAAACAGUACUUAGGAGGGUGUGAAUAUCAAAAACCAGAAAAAGUGAACUUCUCAAACUUCUCUAUACCUGCAGUGUUUCUCAAAUCAACUCAUCAAGAGAAAGAAUCAAAAGCCACUGCUUCUACAAAAUUUCAACAACAAAAGCAUUUAACAGAAUUGCUACCAACUCUUGAUGAACAUUCUGAAGCUGCUGCUAGCCAUGAUAGUGCUUUUGGAAUUGGAGUGAAGAGAAAAGCUAGUGAUAUUAACGUAUAUAAUGAACCGUCAUCUUCUUCUGUAUGUUCACUUGAAGCCUCGAAUGAUCCAAACUUUGGUUUCAGAGAUCAUGAGGACAAUUAUGACUCACCAUAUUUUAGUGAUAAUGAAGAAGAAACCUCAGAAAAUAUGUUCGAAGAGAAGCCAGCUCGGGAAAGAAACACAGUCAAGAGAUGCUACAAGAAUGCGAAGAGUCAUAAUUUAACUGAAAGGAAGAGAAGAGAUAAAAUCAACGAGAAAAUACGUAUAUUGAAAGAGCUCAUACCAAAUUGCAACAAGAUGGACAAGGCUUCAAUGCUUGAUGAUGCCAUUGAUUAUCUUAAGACACUCAAGCUUCAGUUACAGAUUAUGACAAUGGGUAGAGGACUUUGUAUGCCAUUUAAUCAUCUUAUGAUGUUACCACCAGCACAUUAUAUGAAUAUGAAUGCACAACAUUUAAUGGGUUUUAGGCCACAAGUACAGUUUCCAAUUCCACAAAUGAGUAAUAGUGUCACAGAUAAUAAUAACAAUAUCAGAGUUCAGAUGUUUGGUUUUUCCAACCAAUUACCACCACCAAUGUCAAUUCAUAAUGCACCUUUCACGCUUCCAAUCAAUGGAAACUCUUCCACUGCACCAACCUCUUUUGGUAACAAGAAUCAACCUAGCAAGAAAUGUGGCUAA